AUGAUAUGGUCCACUGUGGCCACUGGCGACGAUACUUGUCUAUGUCAGAACAAUCGGAUAUGUUACGACGCUAAGACGUGUAUCCAUGACGGCCAAGAAAAAUGUGGCGAAGAUCCAAACGGCAAUUUAAGAAGAUUUCUCGAUUCAUGUGAUAUAAAAGAGUACAAUUGCUUACAACGAACAGCUUACCAUAAAACAGCCCUAGGAAAUUGUCAAGAUCUACCGCCAAUCGAUGAAGUAGUUCUGUCUCAAAAGCAAAAUGCUUCGGAGGAAGACGCUAACAAAACCAACGACGGGGUCGAUGUCACUGAAGUUAAUUUAGAAGCAGAAGAUCAUCAUUUGGAAGAGGAAGUUCCUCCCGAAUCACAGGCUGAAAAUAAUACUUUACAGAAAAGUGAUCAUGAACGUGAUCAAUCAGGUGAAAAUAGGGAAACCCCUUUGGAAAAGGUAACAGACGAGAAAGCAAAUGACGACGCUAAAGCUCCAUCAGCAGAAAAUGAAGGUAAUACUGGUAACGCGGAAGAUGCUGCAACAGAGGGUAACGAAGAACAUCCAGAAGGAGACAGUCCUUUGCCAACACAAGAGCCGGGCUUAGCAAAAGUCAUUAACGAGUACUGGUGCUGGCGUGCCAAGUAUUGUGAGAACGAGGGUGACCCAGUUUGUGGAAGGGAUAUACGACUAAACCGCUGGAGAAAGUUCGACAACGCAUGUAAUAUGUAUAAGAUCAAUUGCCGUCAUGGACAUGCUUAUUUUGUUAUGCCUCUUAUCAAAUAUGUUGGUGGAUAUGAAUGGGAUCCAAUUACUACGCAACGCCAUGCUGAAUUCAAUUGUUUUAAGCUAAAAUCAUGUACCAAGGGGGGGCCGCCAGUCUGUGGCUUUGAUGAAACAGAAAGCGUUCUUGCUCAGUUUAAAGACAUGUGUACCUUUUACCAAGUAAACUGUGAAAGAAGGGGAGUUUUCAUGUACGUUGAAGAAAACAUUUGUGAAGGGCAAAAACGCUUUGAAGCUGAAUAUCGGCCGUUUGAUUGGAAAUCUCAGUACUUUGUAGGUGAUAGACACGCAUUGAAAACAAAAUAA